CAAAGAUCUGUUGCUGGCGAGCGAGAAGAAGAGAUGAGCAUGGAAGUGAAAAAGCGAUUAACCGCCUGAGCAUGAAUUCUCCGCUCCUCCGCUACCUGCAAGGCGCCGCCGCUGCCAGAUCUCCGACUGCUCUGUUUCCGCAUGAUUUCGACGGCGCCGACGCGGAAAAUUCCUUCAGUUCUCCCUCGCCUAUGUCCAAGAAGAACCAGUUCAGCAGCUCUUCCGGAAGCAACGGCCGCGGCCGCAGCGGGGGAGGCAGCAGUGGCGGUGGCACCAGCUUCGGGAGGUCCACGGCGUCUUCGUCGCCCCUCUCGUCGUUGUCUUCUUUAGAGAACGCGAGGAAGUCGUCGGUCCUCGGCGUCGGUCCUCUGAAGGCGAUGGAAGACGAUGUGUUGGUGAUGGAUGCGAUCGGCGUUGCUUCAGCCGUCGGAGGAGGGGCUAGGGUUUCUGGUAGGGCUCGCUUGCUGUCUGAGUCCGGUGGCUCAUCCUCGAAUAGUUCUUCGUCUUCUUCGUCGGGGAACAAGAUCAACAAGACUGAACUCUGUAGAGCUUGGGAGGAUCACGGAUACUGCCGCUACGUCACUAAAUGCCAGUUUGCACAUGGAAAGGAAGAGCUUCGUCCACCAGGAUACAUUGUCAAGAACAAAUCUGAGGUUCGGAGUAACAGGUCACUGACUCCACCUUCAUACCCUACAAAAUCCCUCCUGUUUUCACCUGGGACGACAGAAGCGUCAGCAACAGAAAACUUAAUAAGAUACGCUUCCAACAGACCUGAACAAAGCAACAGGGGCACCUCGAGCUUCAUGAGAUCAGAACUCUCCAGCAGGAACUCCAUGAGAAGUUCAGCUUCGGAUGCCAGGUUCAUUACUUCCACCCCACCCAGACUAGACCUUUCAAGCAGAAGCUCAACAUCCAUCAAGAAACCUGAAGGCUUCAGAGUUUUAAGUUCCGGCAACACGAGCUUGCGUGACUGGUCACCCUUGGAUGAUAACAUUGAGAUUGUCCUGCCACCUCAUACUGACAAAUCCACAUCAAGGGAAGAUGUUAAUGCCAAUAUUGACCGGAUUCUUCAUGGCCCAUCGACUAAGAAAAGGUUGCCUGUGUUCACCAGGUUCUGCCCUUAGGAGCAACAGCAACAACGUCUCUCACCUCUCUUCCAUCACAGAACUCUUCAUCAGCAUUCAGCAGGAAGUCUUUGAUUUUGGCGACGAUCAGUUCCUGUAAACAUGUGCGUACAUAGGAUAUCCUUGUAGUCAGCUUCCAUGUUUUGGACGAUUUAACAUGAAGCAUGGAAGCGUGAUGCACCAACUGUAAAUAAGUUGGGACUUGGGAGACCAGAGAUCCAUUCAUGGCUGGAGAGCACGGUUAGUUCUUUCUUUUGCCGUCUGUAUAAAUGUAGUACUUACCUGGAUUCAUAUUCGUCCCGAACUGUUCAUUCUCGCCCUUCUCUUCUCUCUGGUAGAACAAAGAACCAUUUCCUUAGAAGAGUAUUGACUCUCUAUAUAGGGAGAUAUUAGGAUCAGGUCACUGCCCUUAAAACACAAUAUUCUAAGGUAGCUAUCCACCGGCAGGUUACAUCCAAUCCAU